AUGCUGCUGAAACACUCAAUUAUUGAUAGAAACAAAUGUAAUCUGACCAAUAGAUUUGCAAAUGGAGUAAUAUUUGCAGAGCAUACUACUCUAACAAUCAAAAACUGUACAAUCACACAAAAUCAAGGAUAUUCUUUAUUUUCUCCUUAUAGUUCAACUAUUAAUGUUGAUUCAAGUUAUUUAGAUGAAAAUCCAAAUACUGAAAAUGUAACAAUUAAAAAUACUGUAAACUCAUUUGAUAUUCCAAUGAACUCAUAUGAUACAUAUAAAUGCAGAAUUUUUUACGAUCCUUAUAUCAUUAUCAAAAGUUUCCAGAUUCAAAAUAAGCUUAUUUAUAAACAAACAGGUUCAAUAAUUCAAGGGAGUGGAGUUUUUCUAUCCAACUCUAAAAUCAAUACGGUUACUGUAAUAUCAUCGAUUGGUCAACAAGAGAAUAUCAAUGUGGAUUCGAAUAACUUUUCCUUUAAUCUCAACAUUACAGAUUCCCUUGAAUUAGGUACCCAAACUUUAGCUAUUAAAUUAAAAUUCGACAAUUAUGAAUCAAAUGAAAUUUCAGAUUCGUUAACUUUAAUUGGCAAUUUAACGAUAAAUAUAACAAAGGUUUUCCACAAUGAAACGUAUGUAGCCAUAUCAGGAGAGAUUAUAUAUAGUACAGUAAACUACAACAUCGAAUUAACUGCAUCAAUUGAUUCAACUGAUGAAGCCAAAAUUAAUUUUGUUCCUGAUCAAAAUGAAUUGACAAAGCCAUUUUCAAUUGCCAUACAGAUUUCUAAUGAAUUACAACCAGGAAAUCAUACAAUACAUUUAAAAGCUUACCAAAGCGAUGUUGACAAAUAUAUAGGUGAAGCUCAAUUUGAUUACACAGUAACUUCACAAGAAGACCCUUCAACGGAAGAACCUUCACAAGAAGAGCCUUCACAAGAAGACCCUUCACAAGUAGAACCUUCAAAGGAAGCGCCUUCAAAAGUAGAAACGACUCCGUUCCAAGAAAAAUACUUUAUUUCCAAGUAUCUUCGCCGCUAA